AUUUGACGUAACAAAAAAAAAAUGGCCACGAAAAUAUUGAAAGCUUGUCAUUUAAUAACAAAAUGUGCUCAAAAUUUACCCAAAAAUUAUUUGCUCAGUCCCACAGGAAACACAUUAAUAUUGAAAAACUGCACAAGAAAUACCACAAGUUUUUUUAAUAAAUUGCCUGCUGAGCAAAUUUGGAAAGGUGUAACAUCUGUAAGUAAUGCUGGUAAAAAGCGUGGUCGAGGAAAAGGUUCUAGUAAAAAAGUAGCAAAAAAUUUAAAUCGUGGCCAAGUAAUUGGUGUCGGUAAAGCGAAUAUAUUAUGGCCAGGUUUAUCCGCACCAAUAAUGCGUGGACGGGAGCUCGUGCAGCAACAAAAACUCCCUACCGAUCCAGAUUACGAGAAUCGUUUAAUUAAAAUGCGUGACGAAAUGGGUACAUUUCGUCGCAUCAAAUUAAGUCCCAUCGAACGUGGUUGGUCGGGUGCAAAAUUACCAGGACGUAGUAUAGGACCUCCAGAUCCAAUCGGUGAAGAUACUUUUGAAGGAUUUGAUACAAAGGCGUUAGAAAUGAAAAUUGUAUUUAAUAUGAAAGGAAAUUUUGGACGGAAACGUCGUUUAUCUGUACUGGCAGUGACUGGAAAUGGGAAUGGUGUAGCUGGUUUUGCAUUGGGGAAAGCUGUUGAUACAAAAGCUGCUAUUCGUAAAGCGAGAAAUCGUGCUGGACAAAAAUUAAUGUUUAUUAAUAUUUAUAAAAAUCAUACAGUUUAUCAUGAUUUCUUUACUCAAUUUGGUAAGACGAAAAUCUUUGUGAGUAAAAAACCUGAAGGCCAUGGAUUAAUUUGUCAUCGAGCCAUUAAAACAAUCUGUGAAGUUGUGGGUAUUAAAGAUUUGUAUGCGAAAGUUGAAGGCUCAACAAAUUUACAACAUGUUGUCAAAGCUUUCUUUUUGGGCUUAUUAAAACAAAAAACACACCAAGAAAUAGCAGAAGAGAAACGUUUGCAUUUAGUUGAAUUUAAAAAAGAAAAUGAUUAUUAUCCAGAAAUAGUUGCAUCACCAAGUACCGAAUGUCGAAAAAUCGAUGAAAUACCAACGGAUGAAGUUCUAGAUUUUACACAAUAUUGUUUAGAUAAUCGAAUUGUAUUAAAAAAGAAAAAAUUACCACCGGCAUACACCAAACAACCAUCGUGGCAAAUCUAUUUAAAGAAACAGGAAUAUAUACGAAAUAAACCAAUGGUACGACAGAAUAUUAUGGCUGAAUAUGGUGAACUACGAAGUUUCUUAACUGAUCAAUAUCCAGAGUGUAGACCAUUUCGACCAGAAGUAGAAUCAAAGGAAACAACAGAAGAAGAACUUAAUCAAUAAUAUUAGUUCUUGCUUAUAAGAUUCGAUGUUGUUAAUUAAUUUUAUUUUAAUAAAUUAUAAUUCAUAGAGUUGUAAA